CAUUGGAUGCAGCAGUUGUUAAUGGUGCUAACAACAGCUUUACCUUCAGAGAAAAGAGGGCAAAUUAUCUAAAUUGACAUUUUACGUGUUGACGUUUUAACGGAUUAACACGGCUCAUCGCAGAGGUUCUCCCCCAGGAUAGGAUGACAACCUGAUGUGUACAAUCAGGAGUGAGAUGGACCUGGAUCUUAGUCUUUUAGACAUUUCUCCUGUUAACAUGGUGGUUCAUGGAGCCCUGAAACCUCCAUCAUGUCAGACUCUGAUUCAGCUGCUGUAGAGGAGAAGACAGCUGCAGAAAGGUGUCCUGGUCCUGGUCGCCCCCCUCUGGCAGAAAAAGCCCUGUCCGAGGCCUUUGCCCGGCUGAGGUAUAGAGACACAUCCCUGCUGAUCUGGCAGCAGCAGCAACAGGACCUGCAGACAGCCCCUCCCUCCAACUACCUGAAUCGCAGCCAUUCAGCCUGGUACAGCAGCUUCGGGAACCAGGCCGUGGUGGUUCGGGACAAAAGGGGCCUGGAGGACCCAGGAGGAAGGUCCAAGAUCUGCAGCAUUAUGUAAACAAGAAAACAUGAAGCUGAACAGACUGAAAACUAAGACUAAUUACAGCCUGGGGAGGUUGGUUCCUGUGUCGUUCCUGUGCAAUUGGGUUGAGAGAGGACCUACAAAUGGAUCCGAAGUCAAAGUAUUUUAACUUUUUUUAACAGUAGGAAUAAAUUUGGACUUGUGAGAAA